AUGCGUGCGUUUCUCGUGAAAUUAGAUUAUGGUCUCCGAAACCUUGCCUACAUGGAAUUGGAACAACGUGCUGCGACAGACGAUGGUUCGAGAAGGUCGUGCGACACGAAUCCGAAUCGAAUGACAGUUUCGUGUUAUUUUGAAAGGUUCGGAAACAAGUGUAUUACUGAGGGGACUCGGGUUCGUCUACAUGUUCAUAAAGAAGAAAAUGGGGUGAAAGUUGGAGCUGUUUGCUCCAAGCAGGCUGGGGAAAAGGCAAAAGAAUCGGAGUUUCAAGAAGUUCAGUCGAAGUUUCGCUCCGAAGCUUUCAUUUCCGUCAUGCGUGCGUUUCUCGUGAAAUUAGAUUAUGGUCUCCGAAACCUUGCCUACAUGGAAUUGGAACAACGUGCUGCGACAGACGAUGGUUCGAGAAGGUCGUGCGACACGAAUCCGAAUCGAAUGACAGUUUCGUGUUAUUUUGAAAGGUUCGGAAACAAGUGUAUUACUGAGGGGACUCGGGUUCGUCUACAUGUUCAUAAAGAAGAAAAUGGGGUGAAAGUUGGAGCUGUUUGCUCCAAGCAGGCUGGUUUGGAGAUGAUUUUCUCCAUCAUUCAGGAUGCAAGCGGAGAGUUCGUAAUAUCUGUCGUUGAAACAAUCACGCACCGCUUUGCUUUGUAUAUACUCGUGAAUGAUGACUUUUUGCCGAGAAAGCAGAGGAUCAUGUUCCUCCUCAGUGAUGGCAUCAGUCACGUCAGAGAGCCACAGACUUCACUCCUGUUAUCAUGUCCUUGGCUGAUUCUCAAGAAUGUCAUGAAAUAUCUGACACCAUUUGCAAUGAUGCAAGACGUUGUCCCUGUGUGUCGGCUAUUCUUUGACUUGAUGAAGGAUGGAAGCAGUUGGACGCGUAUCGAGUUUUAUCUUGAGAAUGGAAUGGAAUGUCCGCCGUGGGGACACUUGAAGGAUUUCUGCAGCGUUUUGCAUAGGAUGGAGAAACUGUAUCUUAAUCCUGCUAUUCUACAUGACGUGGCAAAUGUAUUAUCCAAUGUUUCCCUGCUGCGGGAUCCUUUUUUGCUGAAGUUCCCUGACUUUCUGGGCUCUGGUGUUCUUUCAAGUCUUCAUACCUAUCAAUUGCCCGUGAAGUUGGAUGCGAUGGGUUGGCAACUUGCUCGGAGAAUGGGGAUUUUUGCAAACCUUGAAUCCCUGAGCAUGAGUGGAACGAUCUUCAACAAUAUGCCGCCGGUUGACGACGAGAAAAUCGUAUUUUUCCCGAAGUUGAAAUCGCUGUGGCUGGAAGAUGCAUCGCCAAUUGACGCAGUUCGUCAUUUACCAUUGAUGCCAUCAUUGGAACACCUUUGGAUCAGGAAUGUUGACAAACAAGUAUCUGUCGAACCCACACAGCAAGUUCUAAAUACACUGCAGAUCUUCAGUGAAAGUUCAAAGGAGUGGCUUGCUAAUCUGAAAUUCGUGUCAGCUGACCUUUGGGAAACAUACAUUCCGUAUUCAAAAAUGGUGAAUUUGGAAUGUGUAGCGCUCUUUUUCCAACACAAAGCUGUCCCUAGAAACCCUGAAAGCGCCUUCAGAGAACUGAGUUUCUGCUCGAAACUUAGAGGGUUGAUUCUGAGUGUACCGGAAGAUCUUCCCUUGGAUAGAGAACCAGUUAACAGUGUCGGUAACCUCAAAUAA